CCUUGAGGGCUCGGAUCAGGCUGUGUAGCGGGCACUCCCAGAGAAGGCCGGAAAGAUGGCGGCCUCCUGGAGGCUGGGCUAUGAUCCCCUGCUGUUUCGUUACCUCCUGGGUCUCGGCUGCCGGCGAAGCUUUGGGCCGGCUCAGGGCUCUGGUCGGCGGCCUGUCGGCCGUGGAGCGAGCUGGAAAUGGUUUCACGGCGCUCAGUGGCUGCGGGCUGAUCCUAUUAAGGUCCUAAUGCCAUCGCUGUCUCCUACUAUGGAGCAAGGGAACAUUGUGAAAUGGCUGAAAAAGGAAGGUGAGGCUGUGAGUGCUGGAGAUGCGUUAUGUGAGAUUGAGACAGACAAGGCCGUGGUGACUUUAGAUGCAAGUGACGACGGCGUCUUGGCCAAAAUAUUGGCUGGAGAAGGAGCUAAAAAUAUACGAUUAGGUUCUCUAAUUGGUUUGAUGGUUGAAGAAGGUGAAGAUUGGAAAAAUGUUCAAAUUCCCAAAGAUGUUAGUGCUCCACCUCCAGUUUCAAAACCAGCAGUGCCUCAGCCCCCUCCACCACCACAGAUUUCUAUCCCUGUCAGGAAAGAGCAUGCAAUGGGGACUCCACAGUUCCGUUUAAGUCCAGCUGCCCGCAAUAUUCUGGAAAAGCAUUCAUUGGACGCUAGCCAGGGCACAGCCACUGGCCCUCGGGGGAUCUUCACUAAAGAAGAUGCUCUAAAGCUAGUCAAGCUGAAACAGAUGGGCAAGAUCACCGAAUCCAGAACAUCCCCAGCUCCUCCGUCCACUCUCACAGCACCUGUGCCACCUCAGGCCACAGCUGGGCCAUCUUACCCUCGGCCAAUGAUCCCGCCAGUUUCCAUCCCUGGGCAACCUAAUGCAGCGGGCACAUUCACUGAAAUCCCUGCCAGCAAUAUUCGAAAAGUUAUUGCCAAGAGGUUAACUGAAUCUAAAAGCACUGUACCUCAUGCAUAUGCUACUGCUGACUGUGACCUUGGAGCAGUUUUAAAAGUUAGACAAGAUCUGGUCAAAGAUGACAUUAAAGUCUCGGUAAAUGAUUUUAUUAUCAGGGCAGCAGCGGUUACUCUUAAACAAAUGCCGGGUGUCAAUGCCAGCUGGGAUGGAGAAGGCCCAAAGCAGCUGCCCUCUGUUGACAUUUCAGUGGCUGUGGCAACAGAUAAAGGCUUAAUUACACCAAUCAUAAAGGAUGCAGCUGCCAAGGGCAUCCAGGAAAUCGCUGAGUCUGUAAAGGUUUUAUCAAAGAAAGCAAGAGAUGGAAAAUUGUUACCUGAAGAGUACCAAGGAGGAUCUUUUAGUAUUUCCAACUUGGGGAUGUUUGGCAUUGAUGAGUUUACUGCAGUCAUCAACCCUCCUCAGGCCUGCAUUUUGGCUGUUGGAAGAUUCCGGCCAGUAUUGAAGCUCACUGAGGAUGAAGAGGGGAAUGCCCAACUGCAGCAGCACCAGCUCAUAAGGGUCACCAUGUCAAGUGACAGCCGAGUGGUUGAUGAUGAACUGGCAACAAGAUUUCUUGAAAGUUUCAAAGCAAACCUAGAGAAUCCUAUGCUACUUGCUUAGCCCUCAAAGACUAAAAGUUCACAUAUAAUUAGGUGUUUAAGUAUGAAGUCAAUGAAAUGCUUAUUUAUUGAAGGGAAAAACCCUUGGCCUAAGCUGUCUUGAUUUUCAGUGUGUGUUUAUUUUAGAAAUAUGUGAUAAACUGUGACUAAUAAAAAACGUUUGGUCGGUCAGAUACAUUUUUUAAUGUCUGGUGCUGUACAAAAGGGUGUUAAACUAAUGUAAAUACAUCCUAUAUUUGGCCCAUUUGAGAUUUUAGAAUAUUUGAGAAUGUAUGAUAUACUGUAAAAUAAAAAAAAAAAUCAAUAGAGCUCUAAUUGUGUUGAAGUUAAAAGUGGGCUUCAAAGAAAUGCCUUUUUAAGCAUCAGGAUCUCUUUUUUAUAAACAUUGCUCUAGAUAUACUUGAACAAUUUAAUAUAUAUAGAAAUUUAUUCUGGAUAAUAGUAAAUGAAUAAGGAUUACAUUUUAUUAGGGGUUAUGGCAACAUUAUUAAAUUCUUAUGUAUAUAAAGCCAGAUAUGUCUUAGCCAUG